AUGGUCCGUAUCUGGGCUCCCGUACUUAUAGCCGUUGCCACUGCAUCAAAGGCCGCUGUCACCGUGUACCGGGUUGGCGACCAUGGUGCACAUGGUACUGCCACUACUACGGCAGACGCCGCUAGCUAUACUGGCAGCGCAGCCUACGAUCCCACGGUUCUAGUCCCUCCACCACCUCCGGAACAGUUCAAUCGUGAUUUCGUAAUCGUGCUUGGGCAAGGUGACCCUCCAGGAAUUAGCAUACCUAUACCCGGGUCUUAUCUUGGAUUCUCUAUUGAAUUGUCCGUGGCCAAUCGAGCCAUUGGAGUCAACUCGACUGUGUUGGCCGUACCCUUCCUAAAUCACAUCGCAAAUGUCGCCAAUCGUGGUGGCGCUGUUCGAAUCCGAGUAGGAGGAAACACCCAGGAACGAGCUAUCCUUCAACCUGACGGGUUUCCGGGAGGUGAAAUGCUGAUCAAGACGAGCAUUGGGGCAACCACUACCUCAACCCCUCAUGUCGAAUUCUCACCCGAACUCAUCAAAAUGUUUGCCAAUAUUGCCAAUCUUGUGAAGAGCGAGAUCUACCUGGGGUUAAACUUUAUGGAUCUUACCGAUACAUCGAACCAAGUAGCAUUCGCCGCCAUGGCAGAAGAGAUGCUAGGCUCGAAUCUUCACGGUAUUGCAUUGGGAAAUGAACCUGACCUCUACGAGCGGCCUGGACAUCAGAAGCGUCCGGAACCUUACACUUUUGAGCAAUACAUGGAUGAAUGGGGAAGCGUUGCGGGCGCAUUAGCUACCAACCCCGGAUACUCGAAUCACCACAUGCUCAUGGGGCCAAGCACAUGUUGUGAGAGCAGCAAUCCUCGGUGGAACAAUUUGGCUUUGGCUGGCGCUGGGUAUCUUCAACGUUUUGCCAAUGAAUUAAAAGUUGUCACCGUGCAGCGGUAUCCAAACAACAACUGUCAGAUUGAGGGAGCGAUUAGGGACCCACAACAACUUUUCCCUAUCUAUCUUUCACAUGACUUGCUGUCCCAGCAUGCUGCAGAGUAUGCCGAGUUUUCUCGCAUUGUCCAGGAGGCAGGCAAGCCGCUAUUCAUGUUUGAAACCAAUACAGCUGCAUGCGGUGGCUUCCCCGGUAUUUCAGACUCUUUUGGUGCUGGCUUAUGGGCUGUCGAUUGGGCACUCAAGCUUGCGACCUACAAUUUCUCGGCCACUCUAUUCCAUGUUGGCGGUCAGGGCGACUACUAUAACCCAUUUACUCCCCCACCUACGAACCAGUCCACAUUCCGCCAAUGGACAACCGGCUCUGUAUAUUAUUCGACACUAAUCAUUGCCGAACUUUUUGGCAAGAGCGGAAAGAGCCGAAUUAUGGAUUUGAACCCUAAUAACGGCGAGAACCUCACUCCUGGCUACGUCGUGUACGAAGACGGACAACCUACUCGCAUGCUCCUAAUUAAUUAUGUGGACGAUCCAUCGGGCGGGCACGAUAUCUGGGUUCGAAUUCAAGUAGGCGGCGGAGAGACUCAGCAGCCUCCUGCGAGUCCGGCGCAAGUUCGAGUUAAAUAUUUCGAGGCCCCGAGUGUGAGCUUCAAGGGAAAUAUGACUUGGGCUGGCCAAACUCUCGGAAACCAUUUCGAGUCCGACGGCCGAUUAAAAGGCCAAGAGGUUGUUCACACAAUCGAUUGCGAUCCCAUUACGAACCAAUGCUCGGUCCCACUACGAGCACCUUCUCUUGCACUCGUUUUCCUCACUGAGGCUGCUCUCCAGAACUCUUCUCCAGAGCAGGAUGCCACCGCUAGCUUCGAGACUACAUUCCUUACUCGUGUCCGACAUACAGCAACUGUUGAACAAGAGGUUCUUGCUACAAGUAACGGACGGGGUGGGAGGAACGGGCACCGAGUUGGGAGUACGAGCUUCGGUAGUAUUGGGAAUGGAAUGGCACCCAACAUGGGUCUUCCUGGGAUGAGCGCCUUGAUGGGGAUUGCUUUGGGUAUUGUUAUGGUAAUGUUCUAUGGAAAUUAG